CCUCACAUCCACUUCCGCCCGCAUCAUUACCUUUAUUCUUCUACUGCGUCGCCGCUACGUUCGAAAUCCCAGCGCGACCACUGCAGUAGCAGCCUUCGCCUCUUGCGACGCACUCGAUUGAAUUUCGCGCAGUCGCAGCUCUGCUUCCGGCGCUGUCAUUCGCAUCCGGGCUCCCUUUCUGGUCGCAUUCGCAAGUCUGCCUCUCAAUUUCCUAAGGUCACGCAUUCUACCUUCUGCAAGAGCUCAAGGGUAGCCGCGAUGCGUACCGCAACAGCAGCGAGGACGCCGACCAGGACCGCCAGCUAUGGCCAGGUUAUUGAGUACAUCCAAGACCGUCUGUACCUGGCUUCGUACACGCAUCCACCAGACGCGAAUACUCCGUUUCCCUACCCUCGAGAGGACAAUUCACCUUCGAAGCGCUCGGCAAGAGCGCAAUCGGGCCCGAGGGAGAAGGCUCCGAGGCAAGCUCCUCUUUACUUCACCAUCGACAAGACUCUGCUUUACAAUGCCUUCCAUGGCGACUUUGGCCCGCUGCACAUUGGGCAUCUCUACCGUUUCGCCAUCCACCUGCACGAGGUGUUGGCAGGCAAUGACAGACCAGUAGUGUUCUGGACGAAUGCGGAUUCGAGAAGCAGGGCUAACGCCGCCUGUAUUCUCGCCUGCUACAUGGUCCUUAUUCAAUCGUGGCCCCCUCACCUGGCUCUCGCUCCCAUUGCGCAAAUGGAUCCUCCGUGCAUGCCGUUCCGCGACGCCGGCUACAGCCAAGCGGACUACACCCUCAGCAUUCAAGAUGUUGUGUAUGGCGUAUGGAAAGCAAAGGAGGAGGGCCUGGUCGGAAUGGAGGACUUCAGUCUGGAAGAAUACGAGAAGUAUGAGCGAGUCGAUAUGGGAGACUUCAACUGGGUCACCCCAGACUUCCUUGCUUUUGCGUCGCCUCAACACAAGCCGACCCACGUCAUACCACCAACAUCGCCCAUGUAUUCCACCCUACCGACGAAUAUUGCCGAGAUUCAGCGCUCAGAUCUCCCAACUCCGUUCAAGAAUGUGCUGUCGCACUUCUCUGCCAGGAACAUCGGCCUGGUAGUGCGACUCAACUCCGAGCUCUACUCAUCAUCCUACUUCACUGCCCUCGGAAUACAGCACCUCAACAUGAUAUUCGAUGACGGAACAUGUCCCCCACUCAGCCUUGUUAGACAAUUCAUCAACCUGGCCCACGAGAUGAUCACCGUCCACAAACGGGGCAUAGCUGUGCAUUGCAAAGCUGGUCUUGGCCGCACAGGAUGCCUGAUCGGAGCCUACCUCAUAUAUAGGCAUGCUUUCACUGCCAAUGAGACGAUUGCGUAUAUGCGCUUCAUGCGACCUGGAAUGGUCGUUGGACCUCAACAGCACUGGCUCCAUCUGAACCAGGCAACCUUCCGAGAGUGGUGGUUCGAGGACAUCAUGAAGGCGAAGCUUGCUGAAGUAACCCCUGCCACACCCCCGAGGGCCUCGCACAAGCAGCGGCUGACGAGCAACGGGCAAACGUUUACUCCCCCGAACGGGUCCCAAAAACGCACUGCUCUUGGCGAGAUCGAGGGCAACGAGAGAAGCAACGGAGGAUCGACUAUCGGCGUUUUGGACGACAAUCUGCCGGCUCCCACGCCAGGCCAGCCGCGAAAGACGAGCAAGCUCUACGGAUCUGUCAGGCAAUCUCCUCAUCGUGUCGACGAGAACGAGCCUUUUGAGAAGUCUGUUACAGAGGUCAAACGCCCAACGCGCUUCGAGGGUGAGAGCGACGGUGAGUACAGUCUACGGAUAAUGCAGUAUAAGGCGAGGGCCAUUUCGCGGUCACCCGUUCAGAAGGACAAACGCCGUAUUCACAGCACGACAUCCAUCAGCACGACUGUCACAACCACGUCAUAUGCCCCAGUCUACUCCACCGGUGAUAGUGACAUCGAGAACGUGGAACCUGGAGCGCAUCCAAAGACACCAGCCCGGGAAAAGAGCGGCAGUGGCCAAGGCAAUCUCAGCGUGGGCAAGGUCCGAACCAGCCCGUCACGGCGCAGCGUCGAGGGCAAGAGUGGUGUCCGCAAGACCAGCGGCAGGGUGGGAAGCGUGGGCAACCCGUCGUUGAUGCGUUCCAAGGCCCAGCCGCAAGCAUGAAACGAAACGUUAUGAUGUCUCUCCAGCUUUACGUCUAGAGCAUAGUUGGUAUCUUCUUCGUUGUUGAUCUUGGUUGGCAUCACAAGCGGCAUCGAAAAGGCGUCUGGCAUCUGUCUCGUUCUCCAGCACUGAUGUCUAUACUGUUACGAACUUUUUGUCCGGCCCCAUCGUACGUUACGCGGUCGGAUGUGGCGUUGUUUGGUUUCUCAUCUCCGAUCCUCCUGGUGCUGCGACUUGGUCGUCGGUGUGAAUAAUGAGUUUGGGGUUGGCGGUGUUUUUCGGUUUGGGAGUUUUCGGGCGCUACGGCUGACGGUAUUCUACGUGGAGUCUUUAUGUAGCGUUGCGCUGUUUAUGUCGGGUGUUUCAUGGUGCUUGCGUGUGAGUUUCCACGAGGAAUACGGAAUGAUACAAUCAAUCAAUGAGGGCAGUCUCUUUUUGGACGCUCGAUAUUUCC